AUGGCGCCCUCGUCGGUACCACCAAACCCGACCGCCCACAAUGUCGCCCAACUGUUACCGAAGCUCACCGAUGCGGACCCCGACUUUCGAUUCAUGGCUCUGAGCGACCUGCACGACACGCUCGUUGUUGCCCACGCGGGCUUCUUGCAGCAUGACGAAGUGACAUGUGCAAAGACGGUCGAGGGCCUGCUCGGCACUCUUGUAGAUACCAAUGGCGAGGUGCAGAACCAAGCCGUAAAGUGUCUGGGGCCUUUCGUGAACAGGAUCCCGGAUAAGAUCCUGUGUCCCAUGAUCGAGAAGCUGUCCAACCUACAGACAGACAGUGCUGUCGACCAGAGCAUACCUUCACUCGCCCUGCGAGAAGUCGUCGUCUCACUGCCACGGCCCGUCGCUGGCGUUGCGCGAACAAAGCCAGUCCUUGACGCCUACAGCGCCAUCAGCAGAGUGCUCAUCCCGCGCUUGGUAGGAUACCAUGUCAUCCAACCGGCACAGUCUGGCCUCCCCAAGGUUCCGCAGGGCAUGCUGCAGGCCGACCUCGAGAAGGGCACAGACAGCAAUGCUAUUGAUGUUCUGAUCGAGAUCUCACGUUGCUUUGGUCCGUUGCUGCAGGAUGCCGAGAUUCAGGCACUGCAGAAGAUUACAUUCGAGAUCCUCGAGAAUGACCGAGCGAGCUCCAUGAUGAAGAAGAAGUCAGUCACAGCCAUCUCCACGCUGGCAGGCUACUUCCCAGACCAACUGCUGAGCAGCUUCCUGUCACGCGUCAUCGAGCACCUCCGGGAUGCUCACCUUGUCCGUAGCAAGCGCAAGCUCUACAUCACCAUCCUAGGAUCGAUGGCGAGGUCAAUUCCUCGUAAAUUCGGUCCCUACCUGAAGACACUGGCGCCCUUCGUCUUGAGCGCAGUUAGCGAGCAGGAGCAGGACGAGGACAUGGACGUGUCGGACGACGAGGGGGAGCGGGACCCUGAGAUUGAUGAGGUGCUCGAAGCUGCUUUAAUCACACUCGACGGUUUCCUCGCUUCGUGCUCGCAGGACAUGCGCAUGUACACCAACGAGACGAUCGACGCUGCCACACGCUUGCUGAAGUACGACCCGAAUCUUGCUCAGGACGACGAGGAGGACGCUAUGGAUAGUGAUGAGGAAGACGCGCUAGAGGGAGACGACUUCGAAGAGGAAGCUGGCUAUGAUGACGAUGAGGACGCCAGCUGGAAGGUGCGCAGGUGCGCAGCCAAAGUCUUGUACACAUUGAUCUCCACACGAAGCAAUGGCGAUCUCAUGGACGAUGGGACGCUCUACAACAAGGUUGCUCCAGCUCUGAUCGCACGCUUCAAGGAGCGUGAGGACAACGUGCGUCUCGAAGUGCUUGCGACACUGUCCAACUUGGUGAAGAAGUCUGGUGAUGGACCCAGUCCCGUCAAAUUCUCUGACGAGCACCCACAAGGAGGGACAAUGAUGCCACCUCCAAGCCGUAAGCGUCGCAGGGGGGGUAGCGACGCCAGCAUGCUCGACCUGCACGCUAACUUGUCCGGCUCCAUGGGUUAUUCUUCUCCUGCGCGGACAGGAACACCAUCAGUCGGUCCUCGAGCUAGUCUUGCCAGGCUCAGUCCUGACAUUGUUAAGGGCAUAGCACAACUCCUCAAGCAAUCGUCUUGCCCACCAUCGACAAAGCAGGCAUCCAUCGUACUGAUCAAGGAUAUCGUCAUCACUCAGCAAGGUGGUCUUGAGGGCUACUUGGCCCAGCUGCUUGAGCCUGUAGUGGAAGCUUCGAAGACCAGCAGUGGGCUCACAAGUAGCGCAUCAGCAACGGCCAACAGCCUUCGCAUUCAGGCUCUGCAACUCAUUGGUGCGAUCGCCGACACGCAUCACGCAAAGGAUAUCCAGCCAUAUAUGUCGAGUGUUAUCCCUACUCUAUUAAAGGGAGCAACAGAGAAGUACAGCAAGCUGUCUAUAGAAGCCCUUGCUGCAACAGAGCAAGUGAUCAAGGCACUCACUCCCCCAAGGUCUGCAGCAUCAGGAGCACAGAACCAGCAAUACCUAGAACCGUUGUACGACACACUGGUAAGUCGCAUCUCUGCCAACGACGCAGAUCUAGAGGUUCGCCAGAGCGCUAUUCAUGUGCUUGGACUGUACCUUGGUAGAAGCUCUGGUACAGAGGGACUGCUUUCGUCGCAGAAGCGAGAGGCUGGCCUCGAGCUUCUGGCAGACCGUCUAAAGAACGAGCUUACCCGUUUAGCGUCCGUUCGUGCCAUCGACUCGAUCGCUGCUCAUACGAAAGCUCAGAACGAGAUGUCUGCAACAUGGGUCCGAGGCGUCGCCUUGGAGCUGGGCGCUCAGUUGCGUAAAGCCAGUCGUGUUCUCCGCGGUGCAAGCUUGAGUGCUUUGAGAACUCUGGCGCUGAACGAGCGGUCUAGGAGCCAACUCGACGGCCAAACCAAGGCACAGAUUGUCAACUUACUGCUGCCACUUCUCAACGCUUCUGAUCUUCACCUACUCGGCCCUGCUCUUAUCAUCCUAGCCACCUUCAUCCAGGACGACGCCAAGUCAACAUUGACCCCAGAACUCAAUGCUGCGCUGUGUCAAGUUGUGCAAGGCUCUAUUAGUGGGUCGUCUCUAGAUGCGUUACUGAAGCUCGUGCGAACAAUUGGAGAGCAGCAAGCCGGUCAAGCACUGAUGAAAUCACUGCUCCAAGAGGUCGGUGUCGCUGGUCAUCCAGAGGUAGUAGGCAAGGUCAUUGGUAACCUCCUUGUUCACGGCGGCGCUAGCGUCGGUGUCAAGCUUGAUCAGUUCGUCACUGAGCUGGAGACAGCCCAAGACGAUAAGCGAAGGUGUCUCGCCCUGGUGGUGCUAGGAGAAGCAGCGCUCCGUCUUGGGAGGCAGUCGACGAUUGACCCGAACCUGUUCAUCAAACACUUCUCUAUCAAGUCUGAGCAGGUGCCACUUGCAGCCGCUGUUGCUCUUGGUCGAGCUGGAGCUGGAAAUGUUGGCCAGUACGUUCCUGUCAUCUUGUCGACAAUGGGUCAGCAAUCUGCGCCUCAGUAUCUCCUUUUGCACGCUAUCAAGGAGAUUUUGCAGCAAGACGACACGGAGUCGGAGAUCAUUCCGUACGCUUCAACACUAUGGCAGAACCUGGUUGCUGCGUCUCAGCUUGAGGACAACAAGGCAAUCGGUGCAGAGUGCGUCGGCAGGCUUACUAUCAUCGAUCCCAAGACGUACCUGCCUCAACUACAGGGAUUCUUGAACGAUCGUAAAGCUGCCAUUCGCGGCAUGGUCAUCUCGGCGCUGCGUUACACGCUUGCCGACACUGACGAAGCCUACGAUGAAUAUCUACGCCCAAUCGUGGUUCCGAUGCUUGUGCAGAUGUUGAACGAGGAGGACCUGGAUAACCGCCGUUUAGCUCUCACAACGUUUAACUCUGCCAUGCACAACAAACCAGAACUCAUCCUUCCCGCUCUGGACCAACUCCUUCCACUCGCCAUGAAGGAGACCCAUGCCAAACCCGAACUGAUCCGUGUAGUGCAGAUGGGCCCCUUCAAGCACAACGUUGAUGAUGGCCUCGAGAUUCGAAAGUCUGCAUACGAGACCUUGUAUGCGCUCCUUGAAACCGCCUUCACUCGUCUCGGACCUAUGGAGGUGUCUGACUGCUUUGAGCGCAUCGUUGCCGGCAUCACUGACGAGCAUGACAUCCGUGUUCUGUGUAACCUCAUGUUGACUAAACUCAUGGUCAUUGCGCCGGACCAAGUGCACUCACGGCUCGAGACCAUCGCGUCGAACUUCCGCACUGUUUUGAUGGUGAAGCCUAAGGACAACGCAGUCAAACAGGAAAUCGAGAAGAUCCAAGAAGGUGGCAAGGGCGUUCUGAGGGUAUCCGUGCUACUCAACAAGCAGCUUGGUACCGAAGGAAGCGUUGGUCAGGACGAUCCACAAAGCAGGACUUGGGCACAGUACUGGGAGUGGGUCACGAAGGAGCAUGGACAGCGUCUCAAGGAUGCAGUCGAUGAGCUCAAAGAGCGCGACCGUUAA